CAACGCCCCUGAUCAUGGCCGCGCGCCAAUAGAAUCUCCACCCAAUUCAACUAUGUUCGUCACUUGAUCUUUGAUGUGCGUGUUCCGCUUUCAAUGCUCAUAGAGGUUCGAGUAAGGUCACCAAACCGAUGUUUACCGCCAGUAUCGUACCCAGUUCUUUCCGUGAUUGCUCAUACCUGAUUCCGACAUUGACGCCACGGUACCAAGAGGAACUGGGAUGUCCAUUAGACUGAGUUAUGCGACUGGUACUCCAUGACCACACGUUCACUGUCAGGUGGACCUAUCAUCUGCUCUUUUUAAAUCUAUUGAUAGAAUAAAUCGGGAGCAAGAUGAGAUAAGUACUUAAGGAAUCGGAAGCGUGGAGAUAUCACCCACAGGGACCCUUUCAUGAUGAACUCGACCCUCCUCCUGGCAUUUCUGUCAUUCGGUGCCUUACUAUUAUAUCGACUGUCUGUCUCAUUUAAUCGUCAACGUCCACCUCUCCCUCCUGGACCUAAGGGACUCCCGCUCAUAGGGAACCUCUGGGAUGUGCCCCGCGCCGAAGACUACCCAUGGCGCACCUUUGCUCGAUGGGCUACCACCUAUGGCGACAUCUUGUAUCUGGACAUACCCGGAAAUCCGACAGUUGUAAUCAACUCUGCCAAAGCAGCAAUUGAUCUCUUCGAAAAACGAUCCGGGAAUUAUUCCGAUAGGCCAGAUUUCACGAUGUUAAAGUUAACGGGAUGGGGAUUUAACAUGGCUUUUGUAAGGUAUUCUGAUUGGUGGAGAAUGCAUCGUCGAAUGUUUCACCAGCACUUCCAGCCUCGUGCACUUCCGGCGUACUAUCCUGUGCAGAUGAAAGCGACGUUGGUUUUGCUACAACAGCUGCAUAAAUCUCCCGACGCUUUUGUUCACCAUGUUCGCCACCAUGCAGGCUCCACCAUCAUGAAAAUCGUCUACGGAUAUGAUGUGGAUCCGAACGGUGAUCGAUUUGUGGAGUUGGUGGAUCGGGCGUUGGAAAGUGUUCGCAUCGUUGGGAACGUCGGGGCUUUUUUGGUUGACUACUUCCCUAUUUUGAAAUAUCUUCCACGUUGGUUGCCUGGUGCAGAAUUUAUUAGGCUAGCGCAAGCCUGGAGAAAAGACGUCGAUGACAUGUCAGAAGAACCAUUUGAAUACACAAGAGAGUCCAUGGCGAAGGGCCUUGCACCCCCUUCAUUCGUCUCUGAAAAUCUAACAAAGAUGCAAAAGACCGAGGUUGCAGACACCCCAACGCACCUUGAAAUCAUACGGAAUACGGCUGGAGUUGCCUUUGCUGCGGGAGCUGACACGACCGUGAUAGUCGUCCUUUCCGCGAUGCUUGCAUUUCUUCUUUAUCCCGAGGUACAAGCCAAAGCUCAAGCUGAGUUGGACGCCGUGGUUGGUUAUGGCAACCGCUUGCCGAAUUUUGAUGACCGUCCACAACUGCCUUAUAUUGAUGCUAUCGUGUUGGAAGCUAUGAGAUGGAACUCCGUUGUUCCACUGGGCAUUGCUCACCGUACCGUGAAAGAGGAUGUUUACAGAGGUUACUACAUACCUGCAGGCGCGACGAUCAUUGGAAACGCUUGGGCCAUGCUUCACGACGAAAAGGAUUAUCCCAACCCUCUAGUGUUCGACCCCGACCGGUUCAUGCCUCGAGACGGGAAGGAACGCGAACCUGAACCCACAGUGGCGUUUGGUUUUGGAAGACGCAUCUGUCCUGGCCGUUAUAUCGCUUUGAACACUGCCUGGAUUGCCAUCGCGUCUAUGGUGUCGACUUUGUCAUUCACGAAGGCCGUGGAUUCUGAAGGUCGGAUUGUUGAACCAAGCGAAACGUUUACGAGCGCUUUUUUGAGCUUUCCCGUGCCUUUCAAAUGCACAAUCAAGACGCGUUCUCCUCAGACACAGGCGCUGUUAGAUUAGGACGGGUUGUACCCAUUUUGGAGAGACUGCUUUGGUUAGAAGUCUGAUUUACGAUCUUGGCUAUGAAAGUGUACGAUAAGAAUUCGGUAUCCCUCAACUUGUAAUGUUGCUAUUCACUCUGUAGGAAAGCAUCGUCUUGUUUUUGAUGUCUUCCACAAAAAAAGGUCUUAACAAUGUCGACACAAAUUUUAGGAAAAUGAGUGCCUAAUUCCAAG